AUGGCCUGGUCCAAGUCGACGCGCAUCAAGUUGAUGCUCGUCCUCGAUUUCAUGUUCUUCUGUCUCGAGCUGGGCGCCGGUUUUGCCGUCCACUCGCUGGCCUUGAUGGCAGACGCCUUCCACAUGCUCAACGACAUCAUCUCGCUGCUGGUUGGCUUGUGGGCGGUGUCUGUGGCCAGGAAGGCGACCACUGACCGUUUCUCAUAUGGGUGGCUCCGCGCGGAAAUCCUAGGAGCCUUCUUCAACGCGGUGUUCCUCAUCGCCCUCUGCGUCUCCAUCGUCCUCGAGGCCAUCACCCGGUUUAUCGAACCGCCCGAGAUCACGAACCCGCAGCUCAUCCUGAUCGUCGGUUCGCUGGGCCUCUCCUCUAACCUCCUCGGCUUUGCCAUCCUCGGCGGACACGGGCAUUCGCACGGCCCAGGGAGCCACGACCAUGGCCACGGAUCUUCCCAUACCGAUGAAGGGCAUGCCCAUGACGAACACCGCCACGACGAGAUCUCCGCCGCUGAAGAGGGCCUCGCCACUGGAACGAAUGAAUUGACUGAUCAGGAACUCGCCGCGGCUGAUGCAACCGGCCGCGCGGCAGACUUGCUCCCCGAAGCGACCGUCGCACGGUUUCAGGCGUCUACACCUGACUCGGCCCCACGACAUACUCGACCUGCGUCCUCGCGCGAAGCAAGCACCGCGCGGGAGAGGUCCGACUCAACUGGGCAAAGGAGAAAGACUCGGCGCGCAAGGGGUAGCAGCGGACCGGGAAGGUUGACUAGCCUGGAUGAAAUCAGCAUCCAUCCCGCCAGCUUCAGACAGGAUAUUAUUGCUGCUAGUCGGCCGCAGGUCAGUGAGGAGGAGGAGGAGGAGGAGGAGGAGGAGGAGGAUGCGGAGGAGGUGGUUGGGUCCAACGAGAGCAUGGUAGAUCAGGUGGCCAUUGUGGAGGAGGAGGAUACUGGAGCUGGGCCGAGGGAGACGACACCGCUGCUUAAGAAGCAGCAGCACGCGGGGUCGUCGUCCUCUUCGAAGUCUUACUCUACCACAACCGACCGUCCAACCCGUCCCCGUCGUGGCUCCUACAUCCACCGCCACCACAACCACAACAAACCCAAGGACCCUUCCAAAAAGCACGGUCAUACCCACGGAGACAUGGGCAUGAACGCCAUGAUCCUGCACGUGCUAGGUGACGCGCUAGGCAACGUCGGCGUGAUAAUAACCGCCCUCAUCAUCUGGCUGACCGACUGGCCGGGCCGGUACUACGCGGACCCAGCCGUCUCGCUCUUCAUCACGCUCAUCAUCCUGCGUAGUGCGAUCCCGCUGACCAUCGCGUCCAGCAAAAUUUUGCUCCAGGCCACACCGGAUAACAUCGACCUGAACGAUGUACGGGAAGAUAUACAGGCCCUGCCGGGGGUUAUUAGCUGUCAUCAUGUGCACAUUUGGCAGCUGUCGGAUACCAAAAUUGUGGCGAGCAUGCAUAUCCAAGUCGCGUUCCCGAUCUCAGAGGCCGGUGGGGAGAAGUAUAUGGAGUUGAGUCGCAUGGCGAGGAAGUGCUUGCAUGCGUAUGGAAUUCAUAGUGCAACUAUUCAGCCGGAGUUUUGUACGGACGCGGAGCAUGCGCAUGGGCAUCACCAUGCGCAAGGGAGGAAGAAACUACGGGCGAUUCCUGCGGUGGGUGGAGAUGGGUUGCAUGAUGAUGAGGAGGAACACGAACACCAUGCUGAGCAUGGGGAGGAACAUGACCAUGACCAUGACCAUGACCAUAACCGUGAUCACGACCAUGAUCAGGGACAUGGGAAUACAGAACAGCGGGCGCAGAGGAGGACGUCCUCAUCUUCAUCAUGGCACCAGCAACCACCUCGCAGGCUACAGAGAUGCAGCCUAGCCGAUAGGAACCAGUGUUUGCUGGAUUGUGUGGAUGAUUGUGUGGGACAAGGGUGUUGCUCUCCUUCGUCAGAGGAGGACGAGAGGCCGGGGAGCAGACAUGAGCAUGGAAAUGGGCAUGAGCAACAUUAG